AUGGCCAUAGACAUUGCCGAGGGCAUGGCCUAUCUGCACAACAAGCGCCUCAUACACCGGGACAUUGCCUGCCGAAACUGUCUGGUCGGCCGGGACCGAGUUGUCAAGAUUGGUGACUUUGGUCUGACCAGGGAGGCCAAAAGCAACAGUCCUGAUGGCUACUACCGAUUUACACGAAACUGUAAGUUCUGGUGAAGUGCUACCUGAGGUGAGGUUAUGAUAUGUAACCCGCCCAUGGGUGGUAGGUGUGAUUCAUAACGAUUUUUUCUGGCAACAGGUCCCGAGUGGGAUUCUGUGAUACGCGGAUUUCGACCUUCACAACCACCACUGGUUUUGAAGUUGCCCUUAUCGGACCCCGAUAUAGGAUUAGGGUGGGUGCUAGGAGUUGGGCUAUUUUUAGAGCUAGAGUUGUCAGGCCUAGGUAGUGGUUUGGAUUUGGGUUUGAGGCUAGGACUGGGGUUUGACGUUAGGGUUUCAGGGUUAGGGUCACCCGUUACAGACAAGGCCACGGUUGGCUUUCGCAAAGUCCAACUAAAGCGCAGAAACCAUAAUCAGCUGGUCGUAAAAGUGCCCAGUUGGGCCGGAUUGAGGUUAUGUGGAGCGACUGGGUGAAAGAGUGACCUCCUGCAUCCGAAGGUAGACGCCUUUACCCAUCUGCACGUUUAAACUUACACAUUUAUGUCUGAUGGCGAGUGAGGCCUUAUUGAAUUGUGGAUAACCUUCACCGGCUUGUGAUCAACCAUGCCAUCAAAUGUCACCUUUACAUGCCCCGCGACGAUUUAUUUGUCAGACCCGGGAACCCACUAAUCUCGUAGCUGUCCUAUUCGGAGGAACUUUACAGUAUCUUCCACCGGUGAACAAACUAGGUAGUUCAAAGUCAGGUAAGCAGGUCGUAACUUAGUGCAGACGUCUCGUUUCUCCGGUUCCAUCACUGCAUUUGGCGACGGCCGAAGCAUUCUCUCUCCCUCCCCACACCACCCCCUCCGACGCUUUCUGUAAUCCAAUUAAGACUGCUUAACACCAUGUGAGGUACUGAUUUGCGCUAUGCACACCCCGUUUCUUAUCGCCCUUUCACAACUCUCCCUCGAAGGUGAACUACCAAUUCGCUGGAUGUCUCCAGAGGCCGUUCAGUUCGGAAUCUUCAGUGUAAAGUCCGACCUCUGGUCCUAUGGCAUCGUGCUGUACGAAAUGAUCACCUUUGGUGUCUUCCCCUAUGAGGGCCUCUGUGAUGUCGAGGUCGUGGAACGUGUCAAGCGGAUGGAAUUCAGCAUCACAGACUUCCUGCCCAUUGCCGCCAAGGAUACACCUGUGUACGUUCUUUUCCGCCUUUUUUCUCCACCUUUGGCUUUCUUUCUUUUGACACGUCUGCCUACCACAUGCCUCCACGCCUCCCACCCUCCGCAAGCUUCUGUAAAGAAGGCUUUUUUGCAUUAAUAACUCUGGUAGUUUGUAAUCGAUAAGGGUCAUCGUGUAACGGACUUAGGUGGCUGCUGGAGAUAGGUUGCGUAAUAACGAUGAGUUGGAGCACAGUAGCCGACCUUCUUAGAGCGCACUCUACGCGUACCACAACACACCGCGCAAGGGCCUCAGGUGGCCAAGCGGUGACACUGCGGCUGUUUCCACCUGGUUUAACUGCCUAGUCGAAAAAGCUGUUUGCAUGUGACACUGUCCUGGGGUUAGCAAAAGUACGAGAUCCCGGUUGAUAAUCUGAGGAAAAUGAAGUGCUCACCGGAUCGAAAGACUUGUUCGGCUGACGUUUCGAAGAGCUGGGCCGGCUCUCCAUUGUCAAGGCGUCUAGUGCAAAAAAUCGAUCACAAUUUCAAAUAGACAGCCGAAUUAGUUGGCCUUGGGCUGAUCGAUUUUUUUCUUUUUUUGCUGCCUUGAUCUACUGGCCGUCGCCUGUGAGUGUUGGUUGCCUCCUAUAUUGUGUGUCGUCACCUCAAUUGAGGUUAGUAGUGUUUGCGUUCCCCUUUUGGGUGAAUUGGUCGACAGGCCGUGUUUGCUCGGUAGUCUUAGGCUCCGUAUGACUGCCUUGUCUUCGUAACGGCGUAUGUAGUGACGUAGGACUUUAUAGGCCGAAGGAAGGUCUGGAUGCCUGUUGAUGGAGUUGGUAUCUGAGUGCCAAGCCUCGAGUGUGAGACGUUCAGUCCUUGAGGUGCCUCUGCCUAAGACGGCUGCUCCUUGAAAAUCAAAACUGUGACCAGUUUCCCCGAUGUGAGCCGCAAGCAGUGAGUUUGCGUCUAGUCUCCGAGUUUCCAUUUUGUGCUCGUGUAGACGGGUCUGAAAUUUCCGUCUGGUUUCCCCAACGUAGUUGCAGUCUCCAUCCUUACAACGUAUUUGAUAGACAACUGCUGAGGUUUCAGUGGGUGGCAGUAUGUCUUUGGGUUGCAUCAAACGGCGACGAAUUGUUGUCUGGGGUCCAUGGGCAAUGCCUACCCUGGCGGGUUGUAACAUUCGUGAAACCGCCUCGGAGACUCCUUUAAUGUAAGGAACAGCCCUCCAGACUUCGGCUUUUUCUUCUUGUGGCCGUCGUCUGUUGACUCGGCGCUUGCUUUGCUUGAUGAAUUAGGUUGGGUAUCCAUUGGUUCGAAAGAGAUCAUGAAGGUGCUGUCGUUCAACUCUUUUGUCGGCUGGUGUGCUGCAGUGUGUUUUAGCUCUUUGGACACAGCUGCGUUUGUGAGCACAACAUUGUCAGUGCUACCGCUAAGUUUACUUGACUGUGUUGGCCAGGGUGACACAUGCGAAGCAAGUCGAAACCACUUACUUUGCUUCCCUUGCGUGUGCCCCCCGAGAUCCUAGCCAUUGUGUACGCGCGCAGGAGUGAAUUUCUACGCUUGAUACGCGCGUCUUUUUUUGCACCUUCAAGGUGGCGUCUGAUUGACAGCUGUUGUCAGCAUCAUUGGCAGCACAGGCCGGAAUCAAUGAACCAGGUUAUCGAGGCGCUGCGGGCAAACAAGGAUUGCAUCAGACCCUUCCUCACCGACGAACCUCCCAAACCCAACACUACCAUUAAUGCGCUGCCCGUGAGUGCCGUGUUUUUUCCUGCAAAUAUCCCUACCCCCUCCCCGUGCUUUACUUCCAAACAUUAGCUCACAAUUGAUGAUCCUUCUCCUCGUCUAUCCCAACCUGUGUUGAUCGCCCGUAUUGUUUGACGGUCCUCUCUGAUUGUUUUUGUAACCUGUGGUUAAGUGUUUUGCAUUCGGACGUGUAAGUAACAAUCGGGAGAUGGCACCCAAAAAAAUCCGUUACCUAGAAAUAAUACCUUUGACAGUGGACUCAAACGCCUUCAGGCUAUAUCAGCGGUUGCAGGCCUACUUUCACGCACUACUUGGACUUUCCGCGACGGCCUAACAUGGGCUGGCCGAACGAACAUCGCAGGAGGUUACAUGGACGAUGGUCGCUGUUACCCAACCUUCCCCAUCGUUACGCACGUAUACCUGAAUAUACGGCAUACAUUCGCAUUAUGGCAGUUUAUUACAAAGCAAAAUCACGUUUAAAUAAGAUAAGUCUGCACAACAGGAACAGUUUCCAGGCAUCUGUUAAAGACAUGGCAUUGAGGCCAAACCAAAGACGAUACUGUACUUCGUCUAUGUGAGCCCACACAGCUCGACCACAUACAGGGCCUCCUUCGUGGAGUUUCCUUUUCAGUCUACCCCAGUAUGCCUCAAUGGGAUUGGUGUGCCGUCCGGUGGUAGGGUCCUUGAAGUUCUUUGAGUGGUUAACAGAGAAAUGUAGAUAACCUUCUGAGGGAGGACGAUUAUACGCCUUCCACUCGUCCGUUACCACUAUACUGCCUUUGGCGACCCAUUUUGUAAUAACGGAAAGGAGAGCGGGCCAAUUUCGAUCAUUCACCUGUUCAAAUAAGGCUUUCCGUCGGCUAGUAUCGUACAUCCCAACCAGCCACCACCCAUAAAACCCCUAUUACUACCUGUCCCGUAAGACAGGCAGCUUUGGUUAGGCGGAUUUUUUCGGUGCCAUCUCCCGAUUGUUACCGGACGUGUACAGUGGCGAGCGGUCAUUAGGGAUGUAAAGGAAAAUGAAUUUAAAUUAUGCACCAGGCGCAUGCAUCCAAACCUAGAUUUUGACUGGUUAUUUUCUUUAGUAGAGGUAGUUGGCACUCAGCGCGUUCCAACAGCAACGGCCUGUGCUCGCUUAUUGUCGGUGUCGACCAAUUCCUUUCGCUUUCACAGUGCCGCACUUGCACGUGACACGCCUUAGACAGGCUUCUACGCCGCGUCAGCGACUGCGCCCGUUUGGCAGAGGCAGACAGUUGACUGGUGCAUAGAAGAAAGAAAGGAGAGCUAUGUCACCGUGAUAAAUUUGACGAGUCGUGACUUGGAAGACCGCCAACUGACGGGCUCAUUCUGUUUUUCCUAGGACUGAGGAUUUCGCUUCAGUGAUUCCCUCCCAGUUUGACUUGCAGAGGCAUUUUCACUCAUGUGAGAUUCGAGCCGCCCUUACCGCGGCCCGGUACGUCUGGAGCAAGGACUAGGGCCAUUUAGCUCCGUCGCCCACUGCGCCCGAAACGGGUGGAGCGAGGUAGAUACCCUAAAAGCCAACUUUGCUAUAAGCAAGUUCACACGAACUCAUCGCUGCUGGACCGGCGUAUUAGAGCAUCAGUGGAUGUUGUCGCUUGUGAAGGUCAAACUGUAACUACGUUUGUUGUCUGGGUGGGCUAGUGACUAUGCUUUCCGGCUGGCCAAUCAGUGGGAGCAAAUUUGCAAAGGCUCAUCUGCGCUGGUGCAAUCGUUCUUUCCUAGUUUCGGGGUUGUGGCUGUUUUUUGGCCUGGAAACUGUUUCUUCUGGUUGCUAAAUCCAGGUACACCCCAAGUGUAGGGCAGGCGACAGACAGGGAUGGCGGAGAGAUCGGUCUUGCUGCGACAAUCAUUGCAGGUACACCGUCUUCCAAGCUAGUUUACCCCCUGGUCGCCAGUUUGGUCAGACCCCUGAAUGUCAUGCCUGACUGGUUAGCAUGCUAUUUGCUGACUCACACACACGGACUUGUUAAGCGAAACUGUUUUGCGGCGUGCUGGUUUCCAGCUGGACGGUAAGGAUGCCGCGUUUGGUUCUGGGCCGCGCAAUUGAAGAUGGUAGACAAAGCCCAUAGCAGAUUAAGCGGUGUGUUCUCGGGAGGGCUGGGUUUGCUCAAACCUAGCGUUUGACUCAGCUUCUUUCUAUCCACGUUAUCUUUUGACUGCCUGAAACUCGGAGAUACAGCUGAUCGUCGUACAUUUAAAGCACGCGAUGGCGGUUAUUUGGUCCUACGACUUGUGUCCGAUUUCUUGCAGGAUUAGAGGCAAGCACAGCAGUAACGUCUGUUUGUGAAAUAAUCCCCCCGCCCCCUGCCUUGUAGUUCCAACCCGGUGCGGGUGCCUGCAUCAUGUCCGAGGCUCCGGUAACCCAGCCUUUGGCGGCCUCCGCGGGUCUCUCCCUCGGUCGCGCCGGCGCCAAUGUGCCCGUGCUGCAUGCGGAACAUGUACAGAACAUUAGCCGUCCCUGGCACGGCGCCGGAAACUUCACGGACCCCGUGCACGUGCGCAGCAGCAGUAGCAGUGGCGGCGGUAGCAGUAACAAUGGCGGCGGCGUCGGUGCUGUCUGUCUACAUGGUGGUGAUACGGGUCCCCUCUGUCUUGGCCCCUCCCAACGUACCUCACAUUCGGGCUCCAGCCUGGGUGUGAUCGUGCGCCAGCCCACCGGUUCGUGGACCUCCGCUCGGGCGGCGGGUCGUCAGGGCAGCUACGCUCUGCCCAGCAAGUUCGGUCCCGCCGUGCCCGCGCAUCACACUCGCAUCAACAGCACUCCCUCAAGCGACAAGGUCGUCAGUCGAGUGGCGGUCAAUGGCGGCCGCGAUUACGGCGUCGGCGCCCUCCACCAACAUCCCUCAGCCAACUUGGGCCUCCGCUCGUCGGCUGACUUUGUGACUGUGGCCGAUGAGGAUGACGUGGAUGACGUGCGCGACUUCCAGGCGAACGUCUCUGAACCCACUUCUCCGCUCUCAGCCAAGGAUGCUGUCUUCCCCACUGCAGCAGCUGCUGCUGCUGCCCCCUGUGCGGACGUGCUCGAUCCUGAUCCUCAGCCACCACCACCA